AUGUCUUCAACGAAACCAAUCAUCCUCCUUGUCCACGGUGCAUGGCAUCUGCCUCUCUGCUACGACCUCCUCAAGGAGCAGCUCAACCACCUGGGUUAUGAGUUCAUCUGCCCCGCGCUGGCGACCUUGGGCGAUGACAAGCAGGGCGCGACUUGGCAGAGCGAUGUGAAGCUCAUUCGCGAGGUCGUGAUACCCCUCUUUGACGAAGGCAAGGAAGUCGUCAUAGUCGCGCAUUCGUACGGUGGUAUCCCGGCAUCCGCUGCGACUCAGGGCCUCGGGAUCAAGGAGCGUGCUGCCGAGGGCAAGACAGGUGGCUUCAGACGCUUAGUCUACAUGGCUAGCGGAGGCAUCAUGGUCCGAGGUCAAGACUUCUUGCAAGGGAUUGGCGGCUCAUGGUUGCCUUUUCAUAACGCAGCUGUACCGUACACCAAGAACCAACUAAUCACCGUGAACGAGAAAGCCAAACCCGUCCUGUACAAUGACCUGUCCGAAGCGGAGGCAGAAACGUGGUUCAAGACGCUGGUACCGCACUCGCAGGACGCCUUCGAGACGGGAUGCGACUUCAUCAUGACGGACAUCACCAUCCCCAAGAGUUACCUAAUCACCGAGCUGGACCAGGGCAUCCCGGUGAGUAUCCAAGAAUUGAUUACCACCAUCAUCCCUGGCUUCAAAGUCGAGAGGAUUCAAACGGGACACAGUCCUUUCUUGAGCAAGCCGGAGGAGUGCGCACGCUUGCUUGCGAAGAUUGCGGAGGAAGUUGACGAAUGA